CUGUUUACCAGUAGCAAGUUGGCAGCCGCUCGCUGGACUCUAAUUUUUAACAAAUGCAAUUUACUAAUUAAACUAUCACAAAAUGCAAGAGUUUUCCGCCAAACGCGAUGCACUAUUCGCAUGUCUCGAUGAUGCCAGCAAAGAGCUGAGGGGCACGGGCCUGGACCAGAGCAAGGCCAAACCGUAUUCUGUCAACGCUCUCGACCGGGGAAGUAAAUCCGGAAACGCAUCCGGGCCCGGACAGGUGAUGAACUACCGUCACGGACGCAGCAUUGAGGCAGGCCUCGAGCCGUCGGAUGGCAGUUUGCGACGGAUGCGGGGUAAGGAGAGCAUUUUCAAGAAGCCCGAGCUGCCUAUCGGACGGUGUUUGAAGCCCCGAAAGACGCCAGAUUACCAGAUAAAUCCCCACAAGUGGAAGAAGUACUCCCUUGCCGACGUCGAUAUAUCCGAUCAGAGUAACUCCGCUGCCGCCUUGUCUUUCCUCCGGGAAAUGGACGCCCAGCGGGAUGCUGAGGGAGCUGACGACGAUUCCAUGAAUGCCGGCGGCAAGAUCGAAUUCAAGAAGACCAGCAAACUCAAUCGCAAUCUCAAGAAGCUGCAGGCGGAGGAAGUGAACGAUGUGGAGGUGGACAAGCCCCAGUUAAGAGGCUCCAAACUGGUGAUGCCCGAGUAUGUCAUAGGCCAAAAGGCGCAGAAACAAAAGAAAUCAAAGCCGAAGUCGAACCAAAGUCGUGCCGCGGGAAAACUUCAGCUUUCCCACUUGGCUGAGGAGGACGAACAGGAUGAAUAGGCUACGAUUUAUAGGCGUACUUUUAAUAUAAUCGUAAUAGGUAGUUGUCCUUUACAUUUUAAGAGUGUAAUUAGAACUCAAGCUUAUUAAACAUUGAGCUUUUGUCUAAAAAUGCAGUGAUUUAU